AUGCCUGUAUCACCGCUUCUUCUAAAACUUUUUUCACUCGCGAUUACGUUGCCAGUGUAUGAUGAUAAUACAAAUGGAAAAAUCACACCGAUACAUACAAGUAAUAUUUCGACAAUUUAUUCCGCUAUGAUGUUGAAAAGGACAUCAGACCAAUCACCAGAUGGAAGUCGAAUAGAUUUUCAAAUAAGGAAUCAUCGAGGACCAGGAACAUACGUAUUCGGUUUUGAUACUGGACAUGGAAAAAAUAGACAGUACAAAAUGGAAGAGCGUCGUCGAGAUGGAAGCGUCAAAGGUCGAUAUGGUUUUUACGAUGCAAAAGGAAACCUCAGAAUUGUCAACUACAUAGCGGGCCCCGCUGGUGGUUACCAAGAACGCCAUCAUGAAACCAUCACUUACAAAUCUGAAACUUAAUGCACGUAUCUCAAAUACUUUCCAAAUAAAACUACUAAUUCAUGUAUACCUAUAUCAGACAUUUUACAUUCAAUAGAAAAUAACUAUUGCUCAAAUAGAUUUUAAGUUAUACAAGUUAUAUG